CUGGGCCGCGACGUAGUCCUCCUCCUCUUCCUCGAUUCGAACACUCGCUCAGGUCCUCCUCGAAGAGCUCUCGCCAUGAAGGUCUUCUCCGUCGGGUUGGUGACGGCGACGCUGCUGUGCGCUUGGAGCGAUGCCAGUGCCAGGAUAGCACCAAAUAGCAGGUUUAUCGGCUUUCGUCAAGUGACACUGAACCCAGAUCAGGCACAAACCUACCCCAGCGGAGGUGUUGGUCCCCGUCAGGUGACACUGAACCCAGAUCAGGCUCAAACCUACCCUAGUGGAGGUGUUGGUCCCCGUCAGGUGACACUGAACCCUGAUCAGGCUCAAACCUACCCCAGUGGAGGUGUUGGCCCUCGCAUGGAAGUGGCAUCACAGUUUCAAAACAGAGCUGCAGUAGAAUGCGGUUCUUACUACGUAGCUCCGGGUUCUUCCAUGACAAUCCAGUCAAAGAACUACCCCAAUAACUACCCUGGUGGUAAGAGGUGCAAGUGGAAAUUCCAAACUUCUGUCGAUUCAAGGUUGAACAUCCAGUGUGACGAUUUCAAUCUGCAACAGUCGAAAAAAUGCAGAAAGGAUUUCCUCCGGGUCACAGAUUCUUCUGGUUUUAAACAAAAAUACUGUGGUGCCAAGGGUUCUCUAAGCGUUUCUGAUAAAUCUAGGAAAGUUACUGUUUUGUUCAAAACAAACAAAAAGAAAUCUAAUACAGGAUUUUCCUGCUCUGUCAGAGCUUCAGUGCCAGACUCCCAAACAACAACUGUAGACCCUCAGCCAACUUCAGAAUGCACUGGAUGUGGCCAAGUGAACCGUGCUAACCGCAUUGUUGGUGGCGUAGAGACAGAGGUGAACGAAUAUCCCUGGAUGGUUUCUCUUGUCAACGGCAAUGGAUACUAUCACUUCUGUGGCGGUUCUAUCAUCUCCAGCCAAUGGGUGGUCACUGCAGCUCACUGUGCAGCUGUUAUGAGCACCUCGGAUUAUGUGUUGGUGGGAGACCACAACCUGUACUCAUCAAGCGAAGCCAAUUCUCAGUGGAUGCAGAUUGCUGAAAUUGUGAGUCAUCCGUCCUAUGAUUCUAAUACAUUGGACAACGACAUUGCCCUCAUCAGACUUACCACAGAAAUACAAUUCCCAUCUGACAACAAAAUCGCCCCUGUGUGCCUUCCAACAGCUGGUGAAAUGUAUAAUGAUGUGAAUGCCACAAUCACAGGAUGGGGAGCCCAACAGGAGGGAGGAUCCACAACCGGCAACUUGUUUGAAGUAACAGUGCCCACCAUGACAAACACAGAAUGCAAUAACAAGUAUGGCGGAAGCAUCACUGACAACAUGAUCUGCGCAGGCAUUCCUGAGGGAGGCAAGGACUCCUGUCAGGGAGAUUCUGGUGGACCAAUGGUGGUGGAAGAAAACGGCAAGUGGAAGCUGGUGGGAGUUGUGUCAUGGGGUUAUGGCUGUGCUCGACCUGAAAGGCCCGGAGUCUACGCCAGAGUUACACAAUAUUUGCAAUGGAUUUCUGACUCUACAACUGGUGUCUGUGUUGAUGGAAACACACCUGCUCCUACAAAUGCCCCGACGCCUGCUCCUACUCCUGCACCCACGCCGGCUCCUACUCCUGCACCCACGCCGGCUCCAACUUCUGCUCCCAAUUCUGACUGUCCUGGCUGUGGCCAAGUGAACCGUGCCAACCGCAUUGUUGGUGGAGUAGAGACAGAGGUGAACGAAUAUCCGUGGAUGGUUUCUCUUGUCAACGGCAAUGGAUACUAUCACUUCUGUGGCGGUUCUAUCAUCUCCAGCCAGUGGAUCGUCACUGCAGCUCACUGUGCAGCCGUCAUGAGCACCUCGGAUUAUGUGUUGGUGGGAGACCACAACCUGUACUCAUCAAGCGAAGCCAAUUCUCAGUGGAUGCAGAUUGCUGAAAUUGUGAGUCAUCCGUCCUAUAAUUCUAAUACAUUGGACAACGACAUUGCCCUCAUCAGACUUACCACAGAAAUACAGUUCCCAUCUGACAACAAAAUCGCCCCUGUGUGCCUUCCAACAGCUGGUGAAAUGUAUAAUGAUGUGAAUGCCACAAUUACAGGGUGGGGAGCCCAGCAGGAGGGAGGAUCAACAACCGGCAACUUGUUUGAAGUAACGGUGCCCACCAUGACUAACACCGAAUGCAAUAACAAGUAUGGAGGAAGCAUCACUGACAACAUGAUCUGCGCAGGCAUUCCUGAGGGAGGCAAGGACUCCUGUCAGGGAGAUUCUGGUGGACCAAUGGUGGUGGAAGAAAACGGCAAGUGGAAGCUGGUGGGAGUUGUGUCGUGGGGUUAUGGCUGUGCUCGACCUGAAAGGCCCGGAGUUUACGCCAGAGUUACACAGUAUUUGCAGUGGAUUUCCGAUUCUACAACUGGUGUCUGUGUUGAUGGGAACACACCUGCUCCUACAAAUGCCCCGACACCUGCUCCUACUCCUGCACCCACGCCUACUCCAACUUCUGCUCCCAAUUCGGACUGCACUGGAUGUGGCCAAGUGAACCGUGCCAACCGCAUUGUUGGUGGAGUAGAGACAGAGGUGAACGAAUAUCCGUGGAUGGUUUCUCUUGUCAACGGCAAUGGAUACUAUCACUUCUGUGGCGGUUCUAUCAUCUCCAGCCAAUGGGUCGUCACUGCAGCUCACUGUGCAGCUGUCAUGAGCACCUCGGAUUAUGUGUUGGUGGGAGACCACAACCUGUACUCGUCAAGCGAAGCCAAUUCUCAGUGGAUGCAGAUUGCCCAAAUUGUGAGUCAUCCGUCCUAUGAUUCCAAUACACUGGACAACGACAUUGCCCUCAUCAGACUCACCACAGAAAUACAGUUCCCAUCUGACAACAAAAUCGCCCCUGUGUGCCUUCCAACAGCUGGUGAAAUGUAUAAUAAUAUGGAUGCCACAAUCACAGGAUGGGGAGCUCAACAGGAGGGAGGAUCCACAUCGGGCACCUUGUUCGAAGUAACAGUGCCCACCAUGACUAACACCGAAUGCAAUAAUAAGUAUGGAGGAAGCAUCACUGAUAACAUGAUCUGCGCAGGCAUUCCCGAGGGAGGCAAGGACUCCUGCCAGGGAGAUUCUGGAGGACCAAUGGUGGUGGAAGAAAACGGCAAGUGGAAGCUGGUGGGAGUUGUGUCAUGGGGUUAUGGCUGUGCUCGACCUGAAAGGCCCGGAGUCUACGCCAGAGUUACACAAUACCUUGACUGGAUUUCGACGUCAACCGGAGGUGUCUGCCCAACGGCUGGUUAAUCCGUCCAUCGAAGCCAGGACCAAGCUCUGGAAGGCACGGCACAAACGAAACUGAAUUGUAGAUAUGCUUUCAUUCCUCUCCACGUUUUCUCUCAUUUGGCCCAUUUCCCCCCUCAAACCUUAUUCCUGUUUCAGAAUUUUCUAAAAUAUCCUUAAAUGACAAUAAAAUCAUGUAUCAA